GAAUGAGUGAGGGAGGGGGUGGUUUCAGGUCCUGGUGAGCAAGAACAUUGCGCAGUGUGUGCAGUAAAAGUUUGGGAACACAAGUUUAAACCCUGAGAGAUGAUCCCUCCUCCACUCCCUACACACACAGAGGGCACUUACUUGACUGAGGACGUUGUGUUUCCAGUGGCUGUGAACAAUGCACUUGGGAAGGAAACCAUUCUCAAUAGGGGGUUUGUGCAAUAGGCGCUGAGUGUCUUAGUCAGAGAGGAAACGAGGGUUAAAAAAAAAAAGAGCCCUAUCGAUCCUUCAAUGCGUUUCAGACCAACUUACUUGGGGGAGAGAGAGAGUGGGUGACAGCAGAGCUGCCGAGGGUCUUUCUUGGAGGUGGAGGGGCCAUGUUGUCCCGGGAUCAUGUCCCUUCUCCUGUCCCCGGACCUGAGCUGAGCUGAGCUGCUCCCGGGCUCGCAGCGCCACCGUCUGCUGGCUCGCAGCGCCUCCUGCUGGCCGAACGCGGUAAGAGCAGCGCGGGAGAGGGAGCACGUGGAGCCAUGGAAGGUGCCAUGUACAGAAACGCCAGCUCGCACAUCAUUGUGGAUCAUUACAAUUUCACGGGGAAGCUGAAGCCAGGCAGACCCGAGGCGGGACUCAAAGUCGCCUCCAUCCUUUUCAUUGUGGUCUGCUGCUUUAUUAUCCUCGAGAAUCUGAUGGUCCUUCUCGCCAUUUGGCAAACUAAGAAGUUCCAUCGAGCCAUGUACUACUUCAUCGGGAACCUGGCGCUGUCUGACCUCCUGGCCGGAGCAGCCUACACCAUCAACAUCUUGCUGUCCGGCUCCAACACCUUCAGCCUGACGCCAACGCAGUGGUUCGUUCGGGAGGGCAGCAUGUUUGUGGCUCUGGCCGCCUCAGUGCUCAGUCUCUUCGCCAUCGCCAUCGAGAGGUACCUGACCAUGCUUAAGAUGAAGCCGCACAGCACAGGCAGCACUUACCGUGUCUUCCUGCUGAUCAGUGGCUGCUGGCUGCUCUCGCUGGCUCUGGGUGGGCUGCCUAUCAUGGGCUGGAACUGUAUCAGUGACUUACCAUCCUGUUCCACCGUGCUGCCUCUCUACCACAAGCACUACAUCCUCUUCUGCACCAGUGUCCUCAGCGUCAUCCUCAUGGCCAUUGUGCUGCUGUACGCGCGGAUCUACCUGCUGGUGAGGGCCCGCAGCCUGAGUCUGACCUUCCGCAAGUACUCCAUGCGAUCCAGCAAAAGCUGCGAGAAAUCGCUGGCGCUGCUCAAGACGGUGAUCAUUGUGUUGAGCGCCUUCAUCGCCUGCUGGUCACCGCUCUUCAUCCUCCUGCUGCUGGAUGUGGCGUGCGAGGUGAGGGGCUGCCCCAUUCUGUACCGUUCCGAGUGGUUCCUGGCCUUGGCCGUCCUCAACUCGGCCAUGAACCCGGUCAUUUACACGCUGACCAGCCGCGAGAUGCGCCGAGCCUUCUUCCGGCUGCUCUGCUGCUGCUGCCGAUCAGCCACCACCAGCAAGCUGGAGCCGCCGAUCGGGGAAUCCAGCCGCAGCAAAUCCGACACCUCACCACGUCCCCGCAGAGAGGAGGGUCCCGAGUCCCUCAUGUCCUCGGGCAACAUUAACUCCUCGGCCUGAGGGAGCGCAUGGGAUACGGCCUGGGCUAGAGCCAUUGCCACAGCCCACACUGACUCCCAGAGGCCAGACUCCAGCCGGUCACUGGCCGAAAGGUAUCCGCGGAUAUGGACCCCGGAUAUGACUGCAGAGUUUUAAUCGUCAGAACAAAUGAUCCUGGACUUUGGUUGAGUCUCGAUGCCUGGCCACAGGACACAUGUUUAGAUGUUAUUAUUGUAAAUGUCAUUUGUGUAUGAAAAAUUAAUGUAGCCGAUGGUGGGUUUGAGGCCCAGGGUCACUCCGCGUGCCGAGCACAUCGUGAAUGGACAGAGAGGAACAUGUGAAUCUCGCUGCACACACAGAGUGACUGCUGUGGUCUCAGUGUACUAACAGAGAGACUCACUGUACACCGGGAUUGAUGCAGGACUGCAUGAACAGGCCAUGUGAGACAGAAUGGUGUGGGUGGCUGAAUGUUGUUUAAUCUAAGGAAAUAUUAUCAGAAUCCUGAAAUUAAUGGUGUAAGAAUGGUGCCAGUUUAUUCUGAAUGUCAGAAAAUCUCUCCACUUGUUAACUAUGUGGCUUAACCGGUUCAAUUAAUUUAUUAAUACUAGUAAAAUGAAGCCAUGGGUCACAUUCUCGCAGUCUGUCGCGUUGCACGGG